AUGUCGAAGAGGAAGACAAGGGAGCCCAAGGAAGAAAAUGUGACCCUUGGGCCAGCCAGGCGGGAUGGGGAGCACGUGUUUGGAGUGGCACACAUUUUUGCAUCAUUUAAUGACACAUUUAUUCAUGUGACUGAUUUGUCUGGAAGAGAAACCUUGGUUCGAAUUACUGGUGGUAUGAAGGUAAAGGCUGACAGGGACGAAUCUUCACCAUAUGCAGCCAUGCUUGCAGCACAAGAUGUUGCACAGCGAUGCAAGGAACUUGGCAUUGAUGCUCUUCAUAUUAAGCUUCGGGCUACAGGAGGGAAUAAGACUAAGACACCUGGCCCAGGUGCCCAGUCUGCACUCAGAGCUCUUGCUCGUUCAGGCAUGAAAAUUGGUCGCAUAGAGGAUGUGACUCCAAUUCCCACCGACAGUACUCGUAGAAAAGGUGGCAGAAGGGGAAGAAGGCUGUGA